CGCAGCGCCACCGCGCGCUUUCGCGAUUCUCGCGCGAGAUAUUCGAAUGGGAAUCGUGAGAAGAGAGAGAUGAUGAACGUCGCGGCGGCGAACGGAAUAGAUCUGUAUUCGAGAAAACGAGUCGAAUCGCGCACGGUACAGAGUACCGGUAUUCAUAGAUGGAAUCGGAGCCCGCGCGUCGAGGAUGCGAUCCCGAAUAUCCAUGGAUAUCCGCUCCUGUCUGCGAACGGAGUACCCUCGAGAUUGGAGGCGCCGGCGACGGCGGCGACGGUAGCGGCGGACUUUCAGACGCGAGUGCCAUCGUCCGCGUUUCCCGCGCGACCGCUUCGAGAGCCGCGCGCCGCGACGGCCACCAGAACGCGUCGCCCCGUGUCGUCGUCGUCGUCGUCGUCGUCGUCACCAACCGGUGUCGCCGGCUUAGCUCAGAAACGUUCAUCGACGCGGCGUACGGGCGUCGGCCUAACCUCGCCCCGCGCCGACGCUUCUCGCAUAUGUCAGUGUGACGACGAGCUGCCAGAUCACCGACAACGAAGUAUGACCGUCUGGGAGAGGCUGCGUAAUCCGUGCGGCUGGCGCGCGGGCGCUAAGCAGAUCUCAGUCGAUGCGAUGCUACCGUUGCUCGUGGUGCCGAUCCUGGCGGUGAUCGCCGCCCAGACCGUCCUCUGUACGGUCGUCGUAUUCCUGGUCACGCCGGUCCUCGUAUACUACCUACACCACAACUUUCUCAGGUUUCUGCUGCGUACCAAGUUUUUCCUCAUGUGGACGAUCACCAGUGUGCUGAUGAUGAUGCUGGUGUUCGAGAUGAGCGUCGUGCCGCUAUUGGAGAUCCUGCCUGAGGAGAAUUUCUUGUUUAUGAUGUGCGUAGUCGGCGGCAUGUGCUGUGGCUACAGAGCCAAGGUGAAUGCGGAUGAUGCGGUACAGGAUAGCAUCAUCGGCUUGCAGAGUCUGGAACUGGGUGAGGGCAGCGGUGAGCUCUGCGCUACCUGCAGGAGAAGAGCACCACCCAGGGCUCAUCACUGCCGCUUGUGUCAGACUUGUAUUCUUAACAGGGAAUAUCAUUGUAAAUGGCUGGAUUGUUGCAUAGGUUCUAGCAAUCUAAGAUGGUAUUUGGGUUGCUUAUUCUUUUCCGCAAUCGCUUUUAUCUAUGGUUCCAACUUGACUAUGACUAGCGUUUGCCAUCCUUUCAUACUCAUCGGAACUGUACUCUUACCAGAUAACUGUAGCGAUGUGUAUCAUCAACUGGACCUCGCUCUCUGCUUCGUCUCUGCUUUGUACAGUCUUCUCGUGGGUCUAGUGCUCUUUUGUUAUCUCGUAUACCACCUAUGGUUGCUCUCCCUCGGCACGACGUCAAACGAGCGACGAUUAGAUACCAGAAGUCAAUACGAUCAUGGAAUAUUAAAAAAUGUGUCUCGACUGUUCUGCUGCAAAACCUAAAGAUAUUAUUUGUAAACUAGGUUACUGAAUUUACUUCACACGGUGUAUGUAUGUACAUGCUGUACAAAGGAUAUAACGAAAUCAAAUUUGGACAAACUAGAAAAUGGUAAGGCCAAAAUAAUUGUCGUAAUGCUAAGUCAUGCGUCGAUAAUAAUAGCAACUCCACGCGAAAUAAUUCAUACAAUCAUUAAUAUCAGAUCGUGCAUUAUCUUUAUCUACUUAAUGUAUCCUAAUAUAAGGUAAACGUUCCAAAAGUUGAAUAUGACUUAGUAUACAAUGAACAGUGUAAUAAAUAUUUAUAAUUAUUAAACUUUCUA